ACCUGGAUUCGUGGCGUUAAAUAAAUUCUCUGAAGAUACUUAUCGCACCCGGGAAUAGCCGAAGAAUCAAACGCCUCGUGGUCUGCUCGUGUUAAGCGUCGUGGUGAAUCUAAGCCCAGCUUUGAAAUUUGGGAAGGUCUAUCAUCCACCGUCUUCUCAUCUCGCUCCUUGAGCGUAAUGGAUAAUCGACAAAAUCUCUUCUCUCGUGGCUCGACGCCGCCAAUGCAACAGCCAGCUCAGCCCCAACAGUACCAACUUCCUGUACAGGGUCCUCAUCUUCAUCAUAUCUCUCCAGGCCAUCAGAUCGACUCUCUUUUCCAACAACUGUCUUCGUCCUCACCUGCUGAGCAUCUUUCUGCAGAUAGUCUCAGUAAUUCCAUGCCGGAAACUUCAGUUAUAUCCCUUUCUGACGAGCCUGUUUCUUCCGGUAUCCCUACUUCCAAUAUUACUGCUUCCAAUUCUUCUGCUGCUGACAGACAGAGUGCUUUGCUGAAUCUGCUCAGUGGUGCUACGGGUACUACAGCUACCCAGAGCAACGUUGGGAACGUUGGAACUAGUUCUCAACAGCAGCCAUCGCAGCCUCAGAUUCCUACUCCGCCAGGCUCUGCCCCUACGCAUAGCGAGGCUCAGGGAAAGUUCUUGCUUGAACAGCUUAUGACGGGGCAACCCACACGAUCCAGCUAUUCUGGCUCUCAACAAAGUUCCAUUCCUGAUACUUCUUCUGCGCCUCCGUAUUCCGGAGAGAGUGAUUUCCGGCAAUAUGUAGCACACGAUCCUGCAGUUGAGCAUGCUCGGAACGUGCAGCAGCCUAGUUACCAACCCUACCAAGCCCCUUACCCUCAACCCGCUUCACAGCCGCAAAACCGGCCACCUUCUCCUCCCAAAUCCAUGUUCGACUUUGUUUCUCCGUUCGACGCCUUAACUGGAUCUGGGCCAAUGAAAAAGAAAUCUCAACCAGCUCCAAGCGUUUCUAGCGCCAAUGAUGAUUCUGGUUCAUGGACUGCAGUUUCUGGCCCAGAUCCCAAACGACAAUCGGUGGAUAAUCUGCUAGAAACAUUGGCCAGGUCUCAUAUCCCACCGCCGUCGCAACCUCAGCCCCAGCUCGCUCCUCAAAUUGGGGGACAAUUCGACCCAUAUCAUGAGUACAGCUACCCGGAACAAAUGCAGAUCCAGGUUCCAGCGCCUCCGCCACAACAAAAGCAGGCUGCAGGAUCUCUGAAUCGGGCGGCGUCUCCUUCUCCUUCCAAGACCCAGGCUCAACGUAAUCGUGCAUUUGAAUCUCCUGUUAGUCAACAAGGUUCUACCGGAAAUAACAACGCGAACCGCAGGGACAAGGAAAGUUCACCUGGUCCUGGUUUGACUGCGAGGGGAAGUAUACGGGGUGGCAAGGGGAAGAAUAUUGCUCGUGUUAACAACGUGAACAGUCCUGGGCCUCAACUCCACAAUGUCGUGUUCGAUGUUUCCCAACCGCUGGAAGAGAUUCAGGCUCCUCGCGAUUACGUUAAAUGCACGCCUAUCGCGUUAGUCAAGCAAGACCCAGUGUUUCUUCCUGGUUCGACCAUUGGUGCGACUCACUGGGUAGCGUAUGCGAUGACAAAGGGCCGUCUACGUAUCAUCUCCAGAGCAAGCGGGGACCGUACUCUGCUGCAACUUCCAUCUGUAUUCUCCCCAUUAUCAAGCGUCAUUGAUAUGGCUGCGUACGGGAACAGGCUCGCCGGGGUGACCAUGGACGGAGGUUUUGUUGUUUGGGAGUUCCCGGAAAUUAUUACUGAUGACGCUCCUGCGCAAAUACUCUUAUGCAUCGGACCUUCGACCCAUCAGGAAAGUGCACUGACGAUGGUUAAAUGGCAUCCCAAGGACCGAGACACACUGGUAGUGGCCUCGGAGUCCCAAUUAUGCUUGAUAGAUCUGGCGAAUGCGCCAGCGCUAAGAGGGCAGGUCUUGACGCAGUCCGAGCUUCAGCAUAUUGGCCAAAUUUUCCCAAUGUCGUCUCCCCUUGUUGCGUUCGAUUUUGAUGUUUUGCAUUACGCUAUCGCCACUUUAAGCGCAGACUCCACCCUUACCAUUUGGAACGUGCAAGAUCAAGUUCCGUACUCUACUCACAAGGUCCGCGGAGAAGAUUACCCUUCUUCUCUCACUUUCGUCGAAGGGGGUAUCGUGGUGGGGAGGAAAUGUGGUACCAUCUUCCAACUGCUUUCCAUGACGGACAAAACUGUACUUUCUACGGUCAAGUUCAUCAACGGCUCUUUCGAGGAUCCUGAUAUGUUCGGGCAUGCUUGCUACGACUCACGGGUCCAGACGCUGUGGGUUGCCAACUCCCGUAGAGAGAGCAUGAUUGGGUUGCGAAUUAACCUUGAAACCGUCACUGUGAAUGGCGAGGAAGCCAUCCGAGGCUGUUUCGAGCAGGCCCUCGAAUUUAGUGGAACUAAAGCCUCUAUCCAUUUUGUCAUCCUUACCGCUGAUUCAGAUCCGAAUGGAGACGAAGCUUACGCCGCGUGUGUAGCGAGUAAAGUACCUCCGGGAGAGCUCGCUCUCGCUGCUUUCGCAGUUCAUUCUAGUGGUGUUGAUCAGGUUCUCAUCAGGAAGGAGUGGUACGAGAAUGCGUUGAUAACCGCGCAGGCUAAACUUCCUCUUUAUGCCACGUCUCCCCAGAUGCCCUCGCAUCAGCCCGCACAGCUAGUGCCUGAAGCGACGGCGAACGUACAAGUUCAACAGCAGCACACUGCUGUGCAGAAUACACCUAGUCCUCCUCAACCUGCUCCGCUGGUUCAGGAGUCAGCAAAGAACCAACCACGGCCUGCAGCGCAGCGACCUCCCAGCCCGACUCAUGUUGCAAGUCAACCGAAUCCACCCCCUCCAGCCCGGGUAAGGACGCCACCCUACGAAGACAACGAAGCUGACGUCACUCGAGAGGAGGUGCGUCCAGAGCCUAAGACUGGUCGAGGGAAGAAAAAUGUCAAUUGGAAGGAAAAAGAGAGGGAGAGAGAAAGGGAAGAAAGUGUUGGUGGUAAGGACAAGAACAACUCGAAAGCAGGGGACGGCGCUAUCAUCAACGAGUCAGCGCUGGGGCAGGCGCUGAGCAAAGAAAUAAAAAGGACCGAGGAGAACCUGCACACGAGGAUCUCACGUCUUCUUAGUAAAGAGAUGGACAAACAAAAUCAGCGGUUCGAGGAUGCUCGCAUUCAUGAACAGGAAGCUGAUUUUGCUCGUCAAGAGAAGAUAUUAAAACUCAUAUCUUCCGAGCUUACUAGGAAUACAACGAGGGUUGUUGAGGUAGCAGUGAAGAACGAAGUGCAGACCUCGGUGCUUCCUUCGCUCGAAGCUAUCACAAGGAAGGAAGUCAGAGAUGCUUUGAAUGAUCAAGUUGGACGUGGUUUGGUCGAUGUCAUUAGUCAAAGGAUUCCAGUUGAAAUGGAGAAGCUCCUCACUCGACCUGAUAUUAGUGGACACUACUCCCAUAUCCUCUCGUCUCAACUUACACCUAUGAUUGAACGCCACUUGAAAGAGGCUGUUAACAAGACAUUUAUACCAGUUUAUUCUCAACAAACAACCGCUAUGCAUCAAGAACUGGUACGCGAGCUGAAGAACGAGUUGCACUCAUUCAAGAGCGAAAUGAACAGCUGGCAAAAUGAAAUGAUCAGGACUCAAGAAUCGUCUAUCCGUGAACUCGAAAGGAACGUGAGGGCGUUAUCCGACCAAGUGAAGUUUAUGAGCAUGAAUCUCACUGGCUCUGCGCUUCAUCAAAUUCAACACCAGCAACCUGUUCAUGGUUCUCCGGCUUCGGGCGUGUCUCAACAAAGCGGUUUGACUCAAUUAAAUCAGCCGCCUGCGAACCACAGACAAGCUAGUAUGCAAUCAAUACAAUCUUCCACCUCCCAGGUGCCUUCCCAAUUGCCCCCGCAAUUGCCAUCUCACCUUUCUUCACAACUUUCUUCUCAACAAAUGACGUCACAGCUUCCUCCCUCGUAUUCGAUGGGAAAUCAAGGUAGCUCAUAUCCUCCACCUCAGGCUGUUCAACCUCAACCACAGUGGUACAAUCAUCCAAUUGCGGCGCCGCAAGCUUCUCAUCCAGCUGUCCCACCUCCCCCGGCACAUCCACAAUCUCAACCUUCCCCUUCAAUUCCUCCAGAUCAGUGGGACGAAAUGUAUCUGAGUGUGCUACACACGCAGGACACGAACAAACUGAAAGAGUUGAUAGCAUCUACGGAUCCGGAACUUAUCAUACCAUUGAAUGGUACGCCGUUGGUUUCACAGGCGGUCAUCUUGACUCUGGUUCAUCGGCUAUCCUCGAUUAUUGGAGAGACUAAUGCCAGCGAGGAGAUUUUCAAGACAUCUUUGUGGUGGCUUCAGAGACUAGUGUCAAUUUUACGUCCAGAGGACAAACUGAUCACCGAUUUUAUUCCUCGUCUUAUUCCGAACGUGCAGGUCUCAUUGAACACAACAAAACAACGCCUUACGAUUCCCAUUCCUGGAGUGCCUCCUACUGUCGAUGUUGCGCGGACGAUAUCUGACAUACAGGACAAUUUGAGGAGAAAGGUCGCUCUUGCUUGAAUGAAUUUUUGCCCCUCCUUUUUCUACGAUUUUACGAAUUUUCCAAGUAGCUAUUUAUCUGUGCUCAUGUUCUUCAACUGUUGUUGUCAUUGCUUCUGGAGAUGUCUUUUUGUUCUGUAUCCCAAUUCACUAUGCACAUACUUACUGUAGUAGAUAGACUGUUGUCUAUACUUGUUCAAUUUAUUGCUCCUUACGUUUGCG